AGCCAUGGCGGCCGGGGCGGCCGUCUCCUUGGAGCUGCGGCGCGAGCGGCGCAUGGUGUGCGUGGAGUAUCCCGGCGUGGUGCGCGACGUGAGCAACAUGCUGGCGACGCUGGGCGGCGAGGAGAGCGUCUCCCGAAUCUACGCAGACCCCACCAAGAGGCUGGAGCUCCACUUCCGGCCCAAGGACCCAUACUGCCACCCGGUGUGUGCCAACCGCCUCAGCACCACCAACCUGCUGCUGCGCAUCCGGAAGAAGACGCGACGGCGGCCAGGGGCCCUGCCCGAGGUCACGCUGCACAUGGAGGUUGUGGGCAUCGUGCCCAUUGUCUACAAGUUCCAGGGAAUGUCCGACUUCCAGUACCUGGCCGUGCACACGGAGGCGGGCGGUGGGCACAGGUCCAUGUAUGACAAGCUGCUCCUGCUGAAGCCCGAGAAGGAGGGCUUCUUCCACCAGGACCUGCCGCUCUACAUCCCCCCGCCCAUCUUCUCGCGCCUCGACACCCCCGUGGACUACUUCUACCGGCCGGAGACGCAGCACCGGGAAGGCUACAACAACCCCCCCAUCUCAGGCGAGAACCUCAUUGGCUUGAGCAGAGCCCGGCGUCCCCACAAUGCCAUCUUUGUCAACUUUGAGGACAGCGAAGUACCCAUGCAGCCACUGGAGGCCGCGGUGCAGACGUGGGGGAAGGUGUGUGGCAACCCCGUGGACCAGAAGACCGAGGAGGAGCUGCGGAAGCUGUUUGAGAUCCGUCCCAUCUGGUCCCGGAACGCCGUCAAGGCCAACAUCAGCAUCCACCCUGACAAGCUCAAGAUCCUGCUCCCCUUGGUAGCUUACUACAUGAUAACAGGCCCCUGGAGGAGCCUGUGGAUCCGCUUCGGGUACGACCCCCGCAAGCACCCGGAAGCCAAGAUCUACCAAGUCCUUGACUUCCGAAUCCGCUGUGGAAUGAAAUACGGUUACGCCCCUGGGGACAUGCCUGUCAAGGCCAAGCGCAGCGCCUACAACUACAGCCUGCCCAUCACUGUCAAGAAGACAGCCAGCCAGCUUGUCACCAGGCAGGAUCUGAAGCAGGACUCGAACCCUGCGGGCACAGCCGAGCCGCAAAAGUCCUCCUCCAAGUACAAGCUCAAGGAUUCUGUCUACAUCUUCCGGGAGGGGGCCCUGCCGCCCUAUCGCCAGAUGUUCUACCAGCUGUGUGACCUGAAUGUGGAAGAGCUGCAGAGGAUCAUCCACCGUAAUGACGGCGAGGAGCAGCUGUGCACGGAGCGCGACGGGUGGUGCCUCCCCAAGACGAGCGAUGACCUGCGGGACAGCAUGUCGCUCAUGAUCUGGCACACGAUCCGCUCACGGAGGCCUGCCCUCUUCUCCAGUCCGGCCAAGGCCGACAGCGGCAAGGAGCAGCUGAGCGACGAGUCCGGGGAGGAGGAUGAGGACGACGAGGAGGAGGAGGAGGACUUCAAGGCAUCAGAUGGCAGCGAGAAUGAGAUGGAGAUGGAGAUUUUGGACUACGUGUGAGAGGCCCCCAAGCCAGGACCCGGCCGAUGGCAGGUCCCACCCAGGGCUGGCCG